CGGGCGGGGGCACUCCUGACUCCCGGCUGACGAGCCCGGCGCAGUUUCCUCCGCUCGCCAUGUGUGUCAUCCAGCCCGACCCAUGAUUCACCUCCUGGGCUGCUCAAAACCCUCCCGAGCUGCUCCCCAGCCCUCUCAGAGGGGCUGGUCCAAGCGGCCCCCCGCGCUCGGGGCUCGGAGGAGAAGAUGGGACGAGCCUGGCUGGCGCUCGGGGUCCUGGCGCUCUGCGCCGCUGGAGCCUGGGGGGGCAACAUCUGCACCACCCGUGGGGUGAACUCCUGCAAGCAGUGCCUGGCUGUCAGCCCCCUCUGUGCCUGGUGCUCUGCUGAGGUCUGGGCACAGUCGUCCCCUCGCUGUGACCUCCGUGCCAACCUGCUGCACAACGGCUGCGGGCAGGAGCACAUCGAGUCCCCCAGCAGCAGCGUCACCAUCCUGGAGGACAGACCCCUCAGCAACAAAGGCUCAGGGGGGGCCACCACCACCCAGAUGAGCCCCCAGAGAAUUCGGCUGAACCUGAGGCCGGACGACUCCCAGGUCUUCCGUGUCCAAGUGCGUCAGGUGGAAGACUACCCUGUGGACAUCUACUACCUGAUGGACCUGUCCAACUCCAUGAAGGACGACCUGAGGAACAUCCAGAACCUGGGCACGAAGCUGGCCAGCGAGAUGCGCAAGCUCACCAGCAACCUCCGCAUCGGCUUCGGGGCCUUCGUGGACAAGCCCAUCUCCCCCUACAUGUACAUCUCCCCUCCAGAAGCCGUGGAGAACCCUUGCUAUGAGAUCGGUGAGACCUGCCUGCCCAUGUUCGGGUACAAGCACGUGCUGUCGCUGACGGACGAGGUGACCCGGUUCAACGAGGAGGUGCGGAAGCAAAGCGUGUCCCGGAACCGCGACGCGCCCGAGGGCGGCUUCGAUGCCAUCAUCCAGGCCACUGUGUGCGAGGAGAAGAUUGGCUGGAGGAAUGAUGCUUCCCACCUGCUCGUCUUCACCACGGACGCCAAGACCCACAUCGCCCUGGAUGGGCGGCUGGCCGGCAUCGUGCAGCCCAACGACGCCCAGUGCCACAUUGGCAAGGAUAAUUUCUACUCUGCCAGCACCACACUGGACUAUCCCUCUCUGGGCCUGAUGACUGAGAAACUCUCACAGAAGAACAUCAACUUGAUCUUUGCUGUGACAGAUACAGUUGUUGGCCUCUACCAGAACUACAGUGAGCUAAUCCCAGGCACAACCGUGGGCACCUUGUCCAGAGACUCCAGCAACGUCCUGCAGCUCAUCGUGGACUCCUAUGGGAAAAUCCGCUCCAAGGUGGAGCUGGAGGUGCGGGACCUCCCCGAGGAGCUGUCCCUGGCCUUCAACGCCACCUGCCUCAACGACGAGGUCAUCCCUGGGCUCAAGUCCUGCGUGGGGCUCAAGAUCGGGGACACGGUGAGCUUCAGCAUCGAGGCCAAGGUGCGGGGCUGCCCCCAGGAGCGGCACAAAUCCUUCACCAUCAAACCCGUGGGCUUCAAGGACAGCCUGAGCGUGGAGGUGACCUUCGACUGCGACUGCUCCUGCGAGAGCCGCGCCGAGCCCCGCAGCCCGUCCUGCAGCCGCGGCAACGGCACCUUGGAGUGCGGGGUGUGCCGCUGCCACGCCGGGCGCCUGGGCUCGCACUGCGAGUGCUCGGAGCAGGAGUACAACCCCUCGCAGCAGGACAACUGCAGCCCCCGGCCGGGCCAGCCGCUGUGCAGCCAGCGCGGGGAGUGCAUCUGCGGGCAGUGCGUGUGCCACAGCAGCGACUUCGGCAAGGUCAGCGGCAAGUACUGCGAGUGCGACGACUUCUCCUGCGUCCGCUUCAAGGGCCAGAUGUGCUCGGGCCACGGGAAGUGCAGCUGUGGGGACUGUGUGUGCGACCCGGACUGGACGGGCGACUACUGCAACUGCACGACGCGCACGGACACGUGCAUGUCCGGCAACGGGCUGGUCUGCUCCGGCCACGGCUCCUGCGUGUGCGGCCGCUGCGAGUGCACCCAGCCCGGCUCCUACGGGGACACCUGCGAGAGGUGCCCCACCUGCCCCGACGCCUGCACCAUCAAAAAAGCCUGCUGUGCUCAGGGGGGAGGCUCCUGCUCCCUGCCAGGGGAGGAUGAAGCCUUCCUGGGCCCGGAGGAGCUCCACAUACCCAUGGCCAGGCAGCCCCAGAGCUGCUUUUAGUCGCCCUGGGAGUGCUGAGCCCCCUCCAACCCUGCCCUGCUCUGUGCUGCAGACUGCCCGAAGGGGCCCGACGUGCUGGUGGUCCUGCUCUCGGUGACAGGGGCCAUCCUGCUCAUCGGCCUGGCUGCCCUGCUCAUCUGGAAGCUCCUCAUCACCAUCCACGACCGCCGGGAGUUCGCCCGCUUCGAGGAGGAGAAGGCCAGGGCCAAGUGGGACACGACCCACAACCCUUUAUAUAAAGAGGCCACAUCCACCUUCACCAACAUCACGUACCGGGGGAACAACUAAGGAUGCCACACCCAGCGCUGGCUGUGGGAUCAGCCAAGGAUCCAUGGAACCUUAAGGAGUCCAGUUUACAGAAGCCCUUGUGUGUGUGAGCCUGUGUGAACGUGUCUGUGUGUAAUUUAACACCCCCUUGACUGCCUCCAGGCCCUCCAAGUGUUGUCCAUCACCCCUCUGUGACUGCAGGGACGUGCUCUCCAGGCAAACCUCGGUCCUUACCUCGCGGGUCGCUCGCGGAGCCGGCGGCCCCUCCAUACACUGGACACAGAGAAAUGGGACUUUCUCUGCCAGUCUGUGAACUCUUUGGUGCUCAUCGGGCCAAGGGGACUUCAGGAGUGGCCACUCAAACCACACUGAGCUGUUUUCUCCUCCACGGCCCGUGCUGGUGAAGCCCUGCCUGUCGGAUCACUGGACUCAGUCCCGCUGGGCACAGGAGCCAUCUCCUUGGGCACAGGGCAGCUGCCAGCAGGCAGGAGCCAUCACUGCUUUGUGGGUUCAGGACACUGCUUCUGAGCAGCCCAGCAACCCCUUUCCUCCUUGCACCCCCGUGUUCUGGCACUGCUGUGAGCCAGGGUGGUGAGAAGCUGUGCCCUCCCUCACUGCCCCCACGUGCACUCGGUUUGCACCCCCAGCACCUCCAUGUAGCACCAGCUGUGCUGGUCCCAGCCACAGCCUGGCUCAGCCCCUGGGAUGGUGCUGAGCUCCCCAUGUCCCCCCUCACUGUCCUCAUGCCACAGCCCACAUGGAUGUGCAGGCAGCAGCCUCGGGAGCUCAUGAUGCCCCUUAUUCCUCAGGCCUGGCCACCUCUCUCCCCUCUGUGUUUUCUGAGCUGUGUAACUGCACCCUGCCUGGUUUUCUGCACAGCUCAGGGUUCCAGCAGAGCAGGCAGGGCUCAGGCUGUGUCCUGCUGCCUGGGGCUGUGUGUCACCCGUGGGGGAAAACAAAGAGAUGUCCCAGUUUGGCUGUAGCAGUGCUGCUGCCUGGUCCCUGCCCUGCCAGAGCACAGUGGCUCAAUUCCCCUCAGCUGCCCCAAAAACCAGCAGCAACCUCGGGCCCGGUGUGGGGUUUGCCCCGAGGGCCCCAGCAGAGUGUUGGCUGAGCUGGUGGUGGCCCUGUGUCCCUGUCCCCUGGCUGUCCCAGCAGUGUGGGAGCAGGGGCAGGGCUUGGUGCUGGGUGGGAUCUGGGGCUGAGCCCCAGGGAGGGGGGUGGAUGGGCAGCACCAGAGCGGCAGCAAA